CCCAAGGCCGACGUCGCCGCAACCAUUUUAACGGAACGGAUCCCGACCGAGACCUGCGCCGUCCGCGACGAGUGUUCCUCUACACGACACACUUCUUUCUAACCAGAUACCGAAUCCAGUUCGCAACAAUGGCCGUCGAGCGCAUCGGCUCCAUCCUCAAGCACCUUUCUCCGGGUAGCUCGCUCUCCCAGAUCACCUCGAAGAAUGCAGACGAUGUGGUUAUCACGCUCGCUAUCCGGACACCAUUGACGAAGGCGAGGAAGGGAGGGUUCAAGGAUACCAGCCUCGAGUACAUGAUCUACGCCCUGCUCAAAGAAGUCAAGGAACGGAGCAAGCUCGACCCGAGCCUCGUGGAGGAUAUCUGCCUUGGGAACGUCUCGGACGGCAAGGCCGCAUACAAACUGCGCGCUGCCGCGCUGGCCGCCGGCUUCCCCAACACGACGAGCUGCUCCAGCCUGAACCGCUUCUGCUCCUCUGGCCUCAAGGCCGUGGCCGAUAUUGCCCAUGCCAUCAGCAGCGGAUCCAUCGAGAUCGGCGUUGCCGUUGGCGCCGAGCAGAUGACGGUUGGCGGAGAUGCGCUCGAGAAGCCGUUUGACGAGAAGGUCACCUGCCACUCGCAAGAGGCGGUCGACUCCAUGCAGCCCAUGGGCUGGACCAGCGAGAACGUCAGCCGCGACUUCAACAUCACGCGCGAGGAGAUGGACAAGUACGCGGCCGAGAGCUUCCAGCGCGCAGAGAGGGCGCAGAAGGCGGGCCUGUUCGACGACGAGAUCGUGCCGAUCACGACGACGGUCAAAGACGCCGAUGGGAACUGGAAGGAGGUCACCCUCACCAAGGAUGACGGCAUCAGGCCCGGCACCACCGUCGAGGCUCUCUCCAAGAUCCGCUCCGCCUUCCCGCAGUGGGGGCCGACCACCACCGGCGGCAAUGCCAGCCAGGUGACUGAUGGAGCCGCCGCCAUCCUCUUGAUGAAGCGGUCCACGGCCAUCAAGCUGGGCCAGCCCAUCCUGGCCAAGUACGUCGGCUCGACCGUGGCCGGCCUGGCCCCCCGCAUCAUGGGCAUCGGCCCGACCGUCGCCAUCCCCAAGCUGCUCGCCCAGUACAACAUCUCGCUGGCCGACGUCGACGUCAUCGAGAUCAACGAGGCCUUUGCCAGCAUGGCCGUCUACUGCCGCGACAAGCUCGGGCUGGACUGGGCCAAGAUGAACCCGCGCGGCGGCGCCAUUGCCCUGGGUCACCCGCUCGGCGCCACCGGCGCCAGGCAGAUCGUGACGGGCCUCAGCGAGUGCAGGAGGACCGGCAAGAAGAUUCUGCUCACGAGCAUGUGUAUCGGUACGGGAAUGGGCAUGGCUGGCUUGUUUGUGAACGAGCAAUGAGCGGCCCCUUUUUUUUCGGUAUGACUAUAGUUGUGUAAAUCGUUUUGCGAUAGCGCUCGAGUUUCUCUGUUAAUGUGGCAGGCUCAUUGCUUCGGCUAGCGUCCUGCAAUAGACCACGUCGUUUGCCG